AUGUUUGCUAAAGCUUCGAUAGCACUUUUCGCCUUGGUCCCACUCAUAUCGGGGGCUGUGAUUAAACACAAAGAUACGGCAUUGAAUGCGCGAGCGGAAUUGGUCGUACAACCCGUAUGUGAAGGUGGGAAUUUAGAUUCUCAUGACUGUAACGUUGCUUUAUUGUCACUUGGCGGUGGUAUUCAAGGAGCCAUUCAGUUUUUACGAGUGGACGACAUAACCAAUACGGCUUCAAGUGGUUCUUGUACCAUGACUGUGACAGCUGUAGAUGGAGGAACAGCUAUCGAUAUCAGUAAGGGUCGAUUGGAGCAAGCUCAAAAAGCAGCGAUAGCUCGAUGUGGACGUCAAGCAUGGUCGGUCACUGCGUUGGGAGGUGCAACAGGAGGUAAUUUGAAGAUCGGCCAAUCGUCUUCUUCUUCUUCCUCUUCUGUUGCAGUUGAUUCAUCUUCUUCAGAUACCUGUACAUGUUCAACGUAG